ACCGACGGCCGGCACCGCUCGGCGGCGCGCCUCCGACUCGAGGCCAAGGUGCUGCUCUACCUGGAGACGCAGUACAGCCCCGUGGGCCGCGACCUCACCGCACUGCUCACUGCCAACGGCUUCAGGUUCAAGACGGUGACGUCGUCCAGCCUGCCGCUCUUCACGUCCGGCGACCGCGGCAGGUACAGCGUCAUCGUCUUCGAGUCGUACGCCAAGUACCUGGCCAUGGACUCUUGGAACCGCGCCAUCAUGGACAAGUACUGCAAGGAGUACGACGUGGGCAUCGUGGCGUUCAUGCCAACACAAGAGGACAGUCUGCACGGCGCGGAGCUGACCGGCUCCGGCCUGCGGAUCCACACCAACCUCGCCCUGCAGGACGCGGAGCUGAACCCCGACUCACCGGUGCUGCGGAUCGCCAGAGCCGGAGAGACUCUACGCGGCCCCGUGCCCGGUAGGUGGCACAUCUUGGCGCUUGGUGUACCCAAGUUGGAGUUACACCUGGUGUGA